AUGUCGUCAAGCCCAUCGUCGCCGGUGUACAGCUCACCCGCGUCUACCGGCUUCGCUGCGCCUUACCUGCCUUCCUUCACGCGCCGCUACUUCCGCCUUUCUCAGUCUGCCUUUGUCAUCUCCGACUACCUUGUGCGCAAGUUCCGCCUCACUGAGAGCGUUCUGCUGACGUCGCUGUGCUACUGGCACGAAUUUGUCGCUGCACACGGGCUGCGCAAAGUCAACGAGGUCGUGCUGGCCACCACGUGCGUCUUCCUCGCUGCAAAGGUGGAGCACGCGCACAUACGGCUGGCGCGCCUAGUGGAGGCUGCGUUUGACCUCGAUGCGAACACAACUCCUCCAGCGGAGCUGGAGCAGUGGUGCCGUGCCGUGCUGGACGUGGAGCUGGUGCUGUGCGAUACCAUCCGCUUUGACUUUGUGCGCAUCUUCCCCCUUGCUGACACUCUGCGAUCGAUGCAGACCCUGGCUGAGGCGGGGCAGCUGCCGGACGCCGCACGGCAGGAGAUUGGCACGGCAGUACGACGCGUGUUUCUUUUCUCCUUUGUCACACCGCUCUGCAUCAAGGUGUCGAUGCAGCGACUCUGCACGUCAAUCCUCUAUAUGAUCGUGACGGCAGCGCGCAGAGAGCUGGUGCCGACUUUUCAGUCCAUCUGGAGCGCCCCUGAGGCGGAGUUUCCCGAUGAGGCGGAGCUUGAGGGUAUUACGGCCGUGCUCAUGGACGUCUUCGCGUACCUACACAAGAAGUUUGGCGUGCCGGCACUGGACGACGUCAACGAGGCGCGAUACAAGCGCCGCCGAUCGCAGCAUGGUAACGACGUUGGUGUCACGAGCUCCGUCUUCAGCAGCGCCAGCGCCGACUUCACACCGCUCAUGAAGAUGUCAGAGCAGUGA